UAACUCUCUUCUCUCUCUGUUUUUGCUCUGCUCUGCUCUGCUCUGCUCAGCUCAGCUCUGCUGCUCUGAGAGAUUCCAACCAAAAAUAUCACUUCCUCAACGGUACUCUCUUUCACUUCCACCUCAAUUGUGAUUGGAGUCCUCCAACUUUGUUUCUUUCUUCUGAGUGAUGGGUGUGAGUAGCCGUUGCUCCCAUACUUCUCACAUCACCGAGAUCAUCAUCACCAGCUUCUUCCGCCACAAACCAUAGAUUCUCCCACAAAACCAGCACCGGUGGAUCAGCGUAAUCUAGCUGUCAUGGCUGCUUGAUUAACACACAAAAAACAAUAACAAAAUAAUAAAAAAAACAAAAAGAAAAAACUGAUCAGGUCUUGUUAAAAUACUAUGGCUGGUGGCAGAGUCUAUAGCAGUGGUACUGGUGGUAAUAGUGGUUCCAAUUUGAGUGUUUUGUUUCAGAAUCAAAAGGGUGCUUGUGCUUCUGAGCCUCUUGAUUCUCUCUUCCUUUCUGGGUCUUCCCCUUCUUUCCUAGGUUCAAGAUCUAUGGUGAGCUUUGCAGAUGUUCGUGGAGGAAACGGAUCGAAUAGGCCUUUUUUCCGUGCAUAUGAUCACGAUGACAAUGGAGACGAGGACUUAGAAGACUAUUUCCAUCAACCCGAGAAGAAGAGGCGGCUGAGUACCGAUCAAGUUCAGUUUCUGGAGAAAAGUUUCGAGGUGGAGAACAAGCUUGAACCUGAUCGGAAAGUCCAGCUCGCGAAAGAGCUCGGCUUGCAGCCUCGGCAGGUUGCUAUUUGGUUUCAAAACCGCCGUGCACGGUGGAAGACCAAACAGAUGGAGAAGGAAUAUGAGGUUUUGCAAGAUAGCUACAAUAGCCUCAAGGCUGACUAUGAAAAUCUACUCAAGGAGAAGGAUACACUAAAAGCACAGGUUGUUGUUCUCCAAGACAAGCUGCUCCUGAGUGAGAAAGAGAGGGGAAUCUCUGAACUGUCUGAUACCAACAAAUUAUCUCAGGAACCACUGCAAAAGCCUGUUGCUGAAUCUGUUUCUGAGGGUGAAGCAUCCAAAGUGUCAAUUGUGGCUUGUAAGCAGGAAGACAUGAGUUCAGCUAAAAGUGAUAUAUUUGAUUCAGAUAGCCCACAUUACACUGAUGGGGUUCACUCUGCACUGCUAGAGCCUGGUGAUUCUUCAAAUGUUUUUGAACCUGAUCAGUCGGAUCUAUCUCAGGAUGAGGAGGAUAAUUUGAAUCUGAGUAAGAGCCUAUUGCCUGCAUACAUCUUUCCUAAGCUGGAAGAUGUUGAUUACUCCGACCCGUCCGAAAAUUCAUGUAAUUUCGGAUUCCCUGCUGAUGAUCAUGCAUUUUGGUCCUGGUCUUACUAAGUACUGUGGUAUAUGGAUUUCCUAUGAUUUGGUUUAGAGCAUAAUAUGGUGCCAAAGAUGUAAAGUAAGCAAAUAAAUCCGAGCAAUGAUUAUAUACAUCUCGAGCCAACUUGUUGUUGGGGGGGUUUGGGCUGCACCAUGAAAAAUGUUGGUCUUUUCGCCCCAUUUGUGAUUUGUUUUAGUAGGGGUUCUUCUUAGUAUUAAGUGAAACUCUUUUUUGGUUGCGAUUGUAAUUAAAUAAUACCUUCUUAUGCACAAUGCUAUAUUGCAUUUGAAGUUGUGUUCAAAUUGGGAUUGGUAAGAUUGGUUCA